GUAGUUUCGUUAUCAGAUCACUUCAAAUAAGAUAAGAGCAUCGAUUUGUACCCAAAACUAGCAAAUUGCUCAUCAUUGACUCAAUUGUCUCUGCGCAAAAUGAAGUUCCUAACUGUGCUCGUGUGUUUUACUUUCUGCCUCUUCACAGUUCAGUCUGAAGAAGUAGAUUCGAAAAAACUAGAGCUUGUCAAAGAAAUCGCCGCCAAAAUCGCCCCCCAUGAUAAUGUCGCCAAACUGCAAAACCUGGACAAUGCCAAAAAAAUCAAAAUUAUGCAAGACUUGGUGAAUGCGGUGCGAAACCAAGCCCCGGCUUCAGGAGCGAGAACCCGACGAUCAGCCGAAGAAAAAGUCGAUGUCUCCCCGCUUAUGAAAAUGAUGAGCGCUAAAAUUGCGACUAGUGGAAAGGUCGCUGUUCAACGUGACGCAGAUGUUGAAAAAAUGAAACUUUUUGAAGAUCUGGCGGCGAAAAUUGCGCCUCAAGCCAAAUCUGUGAAUGUGGUACGAAGCCGAAGAGCGAGCGAAGUCAGCGAUUUGGAGAAAACUUCCCUCCUCAAUAAAAUAGCAUUGAAAGUUGAUUCUGUUGGUAAAGUUGCGAGUCCUCGCGUGAGUCAGCAAAAAACGUCCGAACUUAUGAAGACUUUGGGCGAAAAAGUCGCAGCUUCGAAAAACUAGUGACUUGUAAUUAAUUUAAUUCAAUAAAUUUUGUAAAAUGUG